CUCUGGUGCUGAUGUCCUUCAUAAAACACCAGGACACUCCCAUUGUUAAAGCAAACAACCGGAGCCUCACCUACAUUCUGCUCAUCUCUCUUUUCCUUUGCUUCCUCUGCUCCUUACUCUUCAUUGGACAGCCUAACAGGGUGACCUGCCUCCUCCGACAGAUGACUUUUGGCAUCAUCUUCUCUGUUGCUGUUUCUUCUGUUCUGGCAAAAACAGUGACUGUGGUUGUGGCAUUUAUGGCCUCCAAGCCGGGAAACCUUUUUCAAAAAUGGGUGGGGAAACGAUUGGCACAUUAUAUAGUUAUUUCUUGCUCCUUUGUUCAAGUUGGCAUUUGUGCUCUUUGGCUUGGUUCUUCACCUCCCUUCCCAGAAAUGGACGUAAAUUCACUGAGAAGAGAAAUCAUAGUGCAAUGCAAUGAAGGGUCAGUCACCAUGUUUUACUGUACCUUGGGUUACAUUGGAUUUCUUGCCACUAUCUGCUUCAUUGUAGCUUUCCUAGCGAGAAACUUGCCUGACAGUUUCAAUGAAGCCAAGUUCAUCACCUUCAGCAUGCUGCUCUUUUGCUGUGUUUGGCUGUCCUUUGUCCCAACCUACCUGAGCACGAAAGGAAAAGACAUGGUUGCUGUGGAGAUCGUCUCCAUCUUAGCUUCCAGUGCUGGCUUACUGGGCUGUAUCUUUUUGCACAAAUGCUAUGUCAUUAUCCUGUGGCCUGAAUUGAACAGAAGAGAGCAGCUGAUAAGGAAAAAGUACUAA